UCCAAAACAUGAGCACGGUUGAAAAGAUUGAUAAUGAGUGGAUCAGCUUACAGUCGACCAUUUGUUAACCUCGAAUUUGCUGAGCAAUUAGUAAAGAAGUUGUACAACUUUGAAAGGAUAAGCGAAAUCAAGGAGUUAGAAAGCUUCGGCGACCAAAACUUUUACGUUCGAGGGCAUAGACGCAACACAGUUCAAGAACAAGUUGCGAGCAAUUUUCGCAGUAAUGAUCUCGAACAAGAGGAAUACGUCUUAAAAGUUUUGAACUCCAAUGACAGCAGGCAUGUGGAUUUUGUCGAAGCUGAAAGCGCAGCAAUGUAUUUCUUGAGAGAAAGAGGCUUCCCUUGUCCGUUAUUGUACCCUUUGGCUGGAGGUGUAGAUACAAAAUCACUUAUUCGAGUUCCAGCGAGCCCGAAUGCUAAAUAUGACGCGAACAAAAGCCCUGAAACUGCCGAGUACAAAUGGUGCAUUGUUCGUCUGAUUUCCUUUCUUCCAGGCCAAACAGGAGACAGUUUGAAGAGGAAAAUGAGCUUCGAAAAUCUUUUCAUGGUUGGAAAGUUUAUCGGGAGUUUAAGCAAGGCUUUUCAGGAUUUCGAAAGUCCUGUGUCACUCAGUAAGUCAGACAGAUGGUGUAUAGAAAAUCUACUUUCACUCAAGUCCCACGUUUCUUUCGUUAAAGGCGAAGAAAAUAAGAAGCUUGUCUGCAAUGUCCUGGACCGCUUUGCUGCGCACGUGACCCCGAAGAUUUGUCUUUUGCGGCAGGGCACAGUUCACAGUGACCUUACUGAAACAAAUCUUCUUUUCGACACGAGCUGUGGUGAGCUUAGGAUUUCCGGACUGAUUGAUUUUGGUGACAUCCGUUGGUCAUGUUUUCUCUUCGAAUUAGCGACAGCUGUAGCCUCAUUCACCAAGGAAGACGACGUCUUAGCUUCCAGCGGUUACUUCAUAGAUGGUUACCAGGCUGUUUUUCCUCUUACCGAUCUAGAGUUUGAGUUGUUGUACGACGUCGUUUGCGCUCGAUUGUGUCAAGUUUUUCUGAUUACGUCAGAAAAAGAGAGGGAAUUUCCAAACAAUGAAUAUGCAAAAAAAUUACAGACGGAUUACCUGAGAAAAUUGAAAGCUUGGUCGUCAAACUCGAGGGAUGAAGUUAUGUCGAUGUGGCGGAAAGUUGAGGAAUACGGACAAAAACUGUAUUCUGCUUAAAACGAAACGAACCUUUAUUAUUGCAAGUUACUAAUGAUUCCUGUUCAUGUAAACUGACCAAAAAAUAAUUUCUAACAACUUUCCCUGUCCCCCUGGUUCAUAUCCCGAUUCUAAACCUCUACCAUUUGUCAUUAUAACAUAACCAAAGUAAAGCGCGCGCUCUGAUUGGUCAAAUUAGCGUCCCCCAUUUGCCCAUAGGU